AUGACUAUAUAAACUGUGUGUGUGUGUGUGUGUGUGUGUGUGUGUGUGUGUGUGUGUGUGUGUGGCUGCCGGAAGUUGAGAGGAAGCGGCAGCAGCAGAAGAAGAGCAGCUAGCUAACUGUUAGCCUGUUAGCUUCCUCCGUCAUGGCGGAAUUGAACCGACAGCUUCAGGAGUAUUUGGCUCAGUCCAAAGGCGGCGGCGCUAAGACCAUCUCCCAGUCCAGCUCCAGCUGUACGGUGGACCUGGAUGACCCGGAGCCGGUACCGGGGAGCUGGUUCGGGCGGUGGUCGAGCCCGUGGUCCGGGAGCCGCGGCGGCAGUCCGUCCGGCCAUAGCUCCGGUGGAAACAGCGGCUUUUCUUGGCCGUGGUCGGCCGAGCCGGACCCGUGCCUGCCGGGCAUGAGCCGCCGGCAACGGCUGGUGGCCUUCGGGGUGUGCGUGUGUUUCUCGGCGCUGUGUUUCGGACUGUCGGCCCUGUACGCCCCGCUGCUGCUGCUCUACGCCCGCAAGUUCGCGCUGCUCUGGUCGCUCGGCUCGCUGUUCGCCAUCGCGGCCGCGGCGGUGCUGCGCGGCCCCAGCAGACUCAUCGCCGGCCUGCCCACCUCUCCCGGAGCCGCCGUGUACCUGUGCGCCCUCGGAGGGACUCUGUACGCGGCGCUGAGCCUCCACAGCACCGUGCUGACCGCGCUGGGUGCCGCCCUGCAGGUCACGGCCAUCGUCGGGUACGUGGUGUCGCUGCUGCCCGGGGGCAGCGCCGGGAUCCGCUUCAUGGGAGGGAUGGCGGCUUCUGCCAUCAAAAGGACCGUCACCGGGAAAAGCAUGCCGAUCUGACCGGGGACCGAGCGUCAGAGGCCGGGCACAUCUCACAGACAGGGUCCGGGGGCCCCCAGGAGCCGCUGAGGGGUCCCCGUCAGGAAGUGACUGUCGGUACAUUCCCUGCAGGCUGAGGCUCACUGACUGAUUAUUGAUUAUUGACACGUGCUGCUGCUCACAGGACCAAAUAAAGUUUAACAUGUUCAAACUGUCAAA